AUGACUACCACUCGCCGCUCGAGCGCCUCAUCCCGUACCGGAAAGGAGCGCUCCCUUACCCCACCCACCACACGAUGCUCGGCACGCCGCAUAGAAACAGUCCGCGACUCGAUCCACGCCCCCAUUGCGGAGAUCGAAGAACCCAAGGAGGCGAACCACGCAGGAGUACCCGAUCCGCCAAACGCCAGCACUACCCACGCCGAGCACGCCGACCCGGCCCCUGCUGUUGCCGAGACUCCAGCCACCACCCCCGCCGAACUCCCCGCAAACGAGCCUCAAACCCCAGCCACCGUGGGCCCCGACGUAGCUGCCGAACGCCCACCCGCAGCUGGCCCCCUGCCCCAGCCAACCCCAACCGACACGUCACCUACCCAGCACGGUCGCGAUCUAGAGAGAGAAGACUUCCCCCCCCUCCCUUCCCCGGGCAGAGACCCCAUGAACGACGCCGAGGGAAACUGGACACCAGUGGUGCAGAAGAAGAAGAGCAAAGGGAAAACUAGCCCCGGUACGCCCCAGACCAAACCUCACAGCCGCCUACUGACAGACGAGACAGCCGCAACAAGAGCCGAAACCCCCCCGGCCAGCGAUAACGAACUCCCCCUCCCCGCCAGAGUAGAGCCCGUCCCCCUGGCCAGCCUCAUGACUGCCCCAUCCCGCACGGAAGGAGAAAACGCCGCCGGCGAAUCUCCCAGUCCCAAACGAGCACGGUCCAACUCUGCCGGAGACUACACACCACGCCCCUCGGGAACCACAUCUGAUUUCUCCGUCUCACGUGACCCAUCCACCGAACCGCAGCCAGCUGAGACCGAGCCAGAGAAACCCCACUACACCACCGCCGACAGUGAGCCCCCCCGUGGUGUCUUCUUCACAACACCUGGGGGCCAAGGAGUCCUCGCCGGGCUCAACAUCGAGUCACUCACCGCACACCUGAGCGAGGAACGCAAACAGAACUUCUCAGGGAUCGAUGUAGGGGACAGAUACAAAUUCUACGUCCGAGUAUCGGGAGGUAACGGCGACAGACUCCGGACGAAGAAACUCAUGCGAGAGCUUCUGGCGGGCUGCUGCAACGUCGCGCCCGACUCCAUCAUCAUAGCCGACCCCAACUGCAACCGCACCCACGCCGAACCCACCGCCUGGCUCGUGGCCAACAUCCCAGGCGAGGUCGCAUACGAAGUGGUAGACGACGCUAUCCUCGCGAACGAGCACAUCACCCUUUUCACCUACGACUUCAACCCCCCCAUAUCGGGAUACCUCGGGGCAAUGACGAACCUGGACUCCUUCCCACCAACGGGCGAAGGGGAGGCGGCUCUCCUCACCUUUCUGCGCCGAGCUCUCUUCGACCAUCCGGAGGUCAAGAUCUGCGUCGACAAGAACCGCGAAGCCUACAACAUGGAAGUACCUAUCGACGAGAUCCUUGAAGAAGUCAAGGCAUCGCUCUGCGCCCAACACAUCACCGUCCGCGACAAGGGAGGCCUGGACCGGGUCUACUGGAAUAUCUACUGUACGCCGACGACCCAGAGCUACGAGGGAUGGAAGCAUGUCCAUGGAAAGGUCAAACAAGUAAGGACAGCACCCAAACUACCACGACUACAGGCUAACCCCAGCCGGCAGCUCAUUUUCAAUCACGAGAUUGAUGGGCAAAUCUACAUAGCGGAAACCGGCUGGAACUGCCAAAUCUGCUACGGCACCGACCACCCGACUGGACUCUGCCAACUCCCAAACAACGCGGGCUGGCCGGGACCGACAAGUAAGACCAUCGCAGCUUUCAUUGACUACUCGUGGAAAGCAACCUCCCGGAUGAGAAACGACCUCUACGGGCGCCGAAACGGGAACGACGCCACAGGCCAAACAAGCGGCAGAAACCACCACAACGACAACCUCCCGCCGCACCUCCACAGCCGCCGCGACACUGCGGACAGGGCCAGAGGCCGAGGAGGGAGACCAAACAACCGAGGGCGUGGCCGUGACAGCCGAGGUAGAGGUGGGAAACAGAAUCGCCGCGACCGCGAUCUCCGAGACCACUACGAGUUCUAG